AUGAAUUUCGGCGACACUCUUUCUGGAGCCGAAUAUUUGGCAUCCAUUUACGGAACGGAAAAAGAUAAAGUUAACUGUUCAUUUUUCUUCAAGACUGGAGCUUGUCGACACGGUGAUAAAUGUUCGCGGGCUCAUCACACUCCUACAUUUUCACCGACGAUUUUAUUGAAGAAUUUCUAUCAUAAUCCGGUUGUCGAUGUACGACAGGCUGAUGCUUUCGAUAAGGUCGGUAGGAAAAAUGAGGAAGAACAGAAAUACUUCGAUGAAUUUUACGAGGAGGUCUUUACAGAGUUGGAACGAAAGUAUGGAGAGGUAGAAGAAAUCAAUGUUUGCGAAAACAUUGGGGAGCACAUGGUUGGUAACGUCUACGUGAAGUUUGUGCGCGAAGAGGAUGCAGACAGAGCGUGCCGUGAUUUAAAUGACAACAGAUGGUUUAAUGGAGCACCAAUAUACGCUGAGUUGUGUCCAGUUACGGAUUUUCGUGAAUCACGCUGUCGUCAACACGAAGUGAUCACAUGCUCGAAAGGGGGAUUCUGCAAUUUUAUGCACUUGAAGGCGAUCAGCCCUGCCCUUGGAGAGAAGCUGUUUGGAAGACGAGGACGAAGAGCUGAUUCGGCGGGGCAUUAUCCGUCGAUGCGAGGCAGCGGUGGUGGAGGAAGAGACCGUGACCGCCAUGAAAGAGAAAGGAGACGGGACAGAUCACCUUACAAAGAAAGAAGACGAAGCCGCGAUCGUAGGCGUUACUGA